UGUUUAAUCAGUUCAGUUUUGAACGUGAUCCGAGCCAGGCGUGUCCGGUGUGGUUCUUGAGCAACGGUUUUUUGUCGAUUUUGUUCUUGUAUGUAAACGAUCCUUUGGAAGAGUAUGAAAAUGAAGAUCGGUGCAGUGAUCUGGUGUGUGACAAUCUUGCUAGUGGAAGUAACCAUAGCUUCAUCCCAAACUGCAAAAGACGGACGAGAAGCGGUCCGUGCAAAAAGGACUAUCCAAUAUCUAGUGAACCAUUUUGCGCAAUUUUUCCAGUUCAGUAAUCCUGGAAAAUCUCACGAGAAGCAAGAUACCGCUGUUAAUCCAUUGAAGCACCUACUGAUGGCCUCAUCUGCACAGUUUUCCGGAGGAAGUGGAUCCAAAAAACCCGCAACUACUCCCAAGUCGUUUAGUGGACAGUUUGAAAUACCUAGUCUUCCUGAGCGGCUAGUCCAAGUAGAAACCAUGGCUACUUCUGGACCGGCUAGGAUCGGCCUACUGGAGUCUACUUCAUCGGAAGCACCCACAGAAGCAACAGUAACAGAGGCCACUACUACAACUACGGAAGCUCCGGCCUCAUCCGAGGAACCUACAACUGAACCCCCAACCACGAGUUCUCCUCCAACUGAAGAUCCCGGAAGCGAACAAGAACAAACGACUGUUGAUCCAACAGCCGUCAACGAACUGGCCAACAACGACGCCGAAAGUCGAGACGACAACUCAACGCAAAUUGAUGAUAGUUCCAUUCAAACGGCAUCGAAUUUCGUCAACCAACAAGCGCAACAACAACAACAACAACAACAACAGUACCGUCGACCCGUGUGGAACCCGUUCCCCAGUAAUGCCUACAGUCAGCUUCCGUACACGACCUACUUCGGAAAUAAUGUAUUCCUUCCGGCUCCCUUCAUCCCGCAACCAUUCAGUCACUUCGGGUACCAACAUCAUCAACCAGCCGCAGCUAAUUUGGUCACGGCCGCUUCAUCCACGUCCCACAGCCGCGUGAAAAUGCACGACCAACCGUACGAUCUCGUGACCUACCACGGUGAUUCGGUCAGUUCACCGUCCAGCUAUCAGAUGCAAGUGUUCGGAAAACGGCCGCCAUCGUAUUGA